GGGAUAUACCUAUAAGUACACGCAGUGCACACACUGGAUAUUGGCACCUCGACUCUAUCGGCUUGUCUUAGAUCUGCAUACAGCAAGAGAACUGACCUCAAUCAUACAGAACAUACAUUCUCUCCGAACGCUAUUGGGACACAUUCUUCUGGAACGAAACAAAUCCAAGCAGGAAUUGCUAUAUAUAGCAGUCGUUCCAAGCCAUGCCAGGUGGUGGACUCCCAAGGCUACCAAGGGUGUCUCGCCCUUGGCUUGUUUCUUUCACUAUGCUUACCUUGUGCGCUUGUGCGUGCUGAACUUCAGCCCUAUCGGGGAUCGCCCUGCGCCUGCCGCAGAGAAUGGGGACGCAAAUCCAAUCCAUCCAUUAUGAUAACGACAAUCUAAUUAAUAUGAAGGGAAGUAGCAGUAACAACACCAUGUUCUUUGUUGACAUGGCUUCUUUCCCUUCUUUUCUAUACCCUUCUUGGUCGGGGUAUUUCUUUUUUAACAAAUCCAUUGCUGUCGCUGCUGAAUCCCAUGUGCUCUCCUGUGCCUCUUUAUAUUCCUUGCUUUGGAUCAUAACAGCAUUGUGCAUGGCUUGUUGUAACCAUGUUUCGACUACGUCCAACUCACAUUGUCCCCUCGGACGACGAGAUCUAUUCAAGUGUCCAGAGGAUUCUGGUUGCUCGAAUUCUCGAAAGAGGUGGAGAUCUACAUGUAUCACCACAUCGACAGCGUCAGUCCUCAUCAGAAGCGGCGCCCAUGGAUUCUCCUCUUCUUGCCCUUGAUUCCAGUAGCUUCGAGGAGUUUACAGAUUGUGGCCCUGAUGAUUGUGACAGCUCUCCCAGCCUCAGUAGUGGUAAGGGUAAACGAAAGACCUCAUCCGAAGAGACACACCAUCAGCUAUCUCCUGGCCACCAAGAGGCUCCGCCCUCCGGGACUGAUGAUACUCGUCUGGCUGAGCAAUUGGAAACAAUAACGCUGAGCUUUACCUCAUUCCUUUCACCAUCCAUAUGGCUUGGUCCGUUUGCUUCGUCUUCUGGGCCUGUUGGUGGAAACUUGUGCCAGGAGCGGGGAGAUGACUUUUCAACGACUCCGUUCUACCCAAUGAAGCCAAUGGCAUCAUUUCUAAUACCGCCAGGAUUUCCUCCGCUAAAGUGUCAUGCUCUUUAUUCAGAUAUUUUUCUAUGUUCAGAAGAGUCGAACAAAGCAUUUCCAGUUCUGGGAUGUGCUAUUACGGGUCCAAUUCCGCCAAGGUCCGCGCGCUGCAGCUCCCCGUACUUCCAAUCUAUAGCAUCUACACCUUCACUUUCACACUCUCAGGAUACCGAUUUGGAAAGUGAAAGUCAGGAUGGCUUUACCUCAUCCAACCCUGGCAGCAACCGGGAGCUUACAACAAGCCUCUACGGAAUCGAUCCAUUUUUUAAUCACUUUGGCCAGUCCCCUGCCACCAGCGAUGCCAAUUGUGGCAGUGACAACAGUCGAACUGUUAAGAAAGUUUCGAAUGUCAACUGCUUUCAAUGUCAGUGGCAUUGCCCGAAGGGGGUACCUGACAACAGCUACGCUUCUGCAAUAACUUCACUCUCUUGCUACGGAUUUGAUUCAAUUGUAGCUCCUGAAGAGGUAGCAUCAUCCCAGGCCUCCCAAAGCGGAUCGUCGAGCCCAGAUCAAUCCCCUGCGACACCGGCAUCUAGUGUGGAGGGUGUCAGCACCGUAUCAACUUCCAGGAACCCGACUCAAGGUUAUCCAAUUGCAUCCUCAAGCAUUGUUACCCGCACGGGCCGAAUCCUUCUUAUUGCACCAAAAGCUUUUGCAGACCAAAUCCCUCAAAUCGAGAGAAUUUCCCAGGAAGCGAUUGGGCUGCCGCAAGUACCACAAUCCUAUACGUUCUUUACAUUGCCUUGGUUGACCCUGCAGCCAAUGACUCCCACAUACCCAGUAUUGACUCCAGCGAACCAGCCGCAGCCUGCAAUCCCACUCCGUCAUACAGGCAUAAAUUACUAUCAUGUACCCUUGGGCGGCAUUGUCAGGAACCCUAUUCCACCAAGUCCGGCUUUGAACCAGGAACAGCAGCAACAAUAUACUGAACCAACCACAAAUUCAGCAUAUCCAACAGGGCACGGAUACUUAGUCCAGCAAGCAGGCCAACAGGUGCACGAUAACAGUGCUAGUGAGCCUGUGACAAGUCGGCUGCCUGCGGGAUCAUUCCAGAUGCCUCUGGGUGUGCGCUGGCGAAUUCAGCAAUUCAACUGGGCUCCUGAUCCUACUAGCCACCCUGGAGGAGGCCCUAAUAAUAUGUGAUCACUAUGCCAUUACACUGAUGGACAAUGAAGGUUAGACGGCUCAAUUCAGAAGGUCAUUGUUACGUUUAAUUUUCACAUUUCAAAACGUGAGCCUCUUUUGCAUUGUACAUGUAUGACAUGUACAUUUGUUUUAGGCAUGAGGUCAGUGAUGGAAGAAAUUUUCUCGAGGAAGGUGUAGUUAUCAGAAUGGCUUCGGAAUUCUCUCACAGGUUUCUUUUCUCUUUUCCUUUCCUUUUUUCUCCCCUUCUGUUCCUUCUGCAGUGGUUGUAUGGUGCUAUUUUUCUUUGUGAGGCUUCUUCUUGUUCAAUUUUAUUGAGGAGCAGAAUUCAUUUGUGCUUAGGUUGAUUAACUAAAUAGUUGGCUGUUAUGGUGGUAUGCAUUUGCAGUUAUAUUUUUCAGCGCAUGUUUUUUUCAUGAUUUAUGGAAUUAUGAUUCAUGACUUCUUUGGCUCUUGCUCGAGACCUUAUAUUAUUACUGCUGUCAUUCUUUUAGCUUCUUCUUAUCUUCUCACUUGUAUUUUUUUCUAUUUUUUUCUAUUCCUUUCUUUCUCAUUUUUCUUGUUAUUGCUGUUGUUAAAUGUGAAAUCAAUAUCAACGAGCUGAUGAUACCAUACCUGGCUAGUUAGCGCAUCAAGUUUCAUAUCAAGUAGAGUGUUCUUGUGUCUUUGGAAAGAGAUCUGCUCGCAAUGUCAUUAUUAUGCCAGCAAGAGCAUAUGGUAGCUCAUGGCUUUUGGUUAUUAUUUUGAAGGAAGAACAAAAAGGGGAAAACAAAACAAAAAAAAGCCUUGUCACACCACACACACCACAUGUACUGUAACCCCCCAAGGCCAAAUCUCCCAUAUAUGUAUGUAUAUCUACGAUAUCUAAAGAUGUCUCUUCUCUCUUCUUUCUUCUUUCUUCUUUUAUUUGUUUAUCCUCACUUCUUUCUCCGGGCCCUCAUUCUAAUUUAUAUUAUUAAACACCACCACCCCCAACCUUCUAAAACACCUACGUAGUCCUUUUUACACUUCUGCAAAGGGUACAAAGAAAAAAGAAAAAAGAAAAAAAAAAAACAGUAAAAACAGUAAAAAGGAAAUCUAGUUUUUCUUCUCCC